AGUGUGCGUUAAAAUUACAUUUCAUACAGAACACUCAUCAUAAUCAUUCGGAUACAUGGGUUAUUUGACUUCUAGCGAGAUUAAAUGUGGAGAACCGUUUGUAUAUAUGAGAUUUAAAAUACCGUAAAACAAGCAAAUACGGACUCUUUGAGGAUAGCAUUUUUGUUCGUGUGCAUAUUAUGUGUUUGAAGUGGGAAACAUUUGAUAUAUGAAUUGAACAAAUUACCAAUUACCAAAAGACAGAAACAAAAUACGAAUAUCGAUGAAAAUGACGAAGAAGAAGAAGAAGAGGAACAAGAAGAAGGGGAAAAAGAAAACGAAGAAACAAAGUUUUUCAUUGAUUUCUAUAAAAAAUUUCAUCAAAUCCAAAUGAAUCAAAUCUGGUUUCCAAAAGAUCUACAUGAAUUUCUACAAUCUUAUAAUAUAGAUAAUUUUCCAGUUUUAAAUUUAAAUAGUGAAAUUCCCGCUGAAAAAGUUGGUUCAAUUACUCUCAAUGAUUUACAUGAUCUACUUCAAUUUGAAAUUGAUUCAAGAAAUGUAAUUGAUCUAAUUCAAAAUAUGGAGAAACAAUUCAAUAGUGAUUUUAAACAAAUGAUAGAUGGAAUCAAUAGUUUAAAUAUAGUUACUAUGUGAUAGAUAAACGUUACACAAAAAAAACUAUCAUGAUUGAGUAUUGAUUUUAAAAUGAGUUACCAUGUAGAUAUUUGUUAGGAUAGUCGGAAAAAUAUA